AUGGAGCCUGGCGGGGACCACCGGAGCCGGAGCGGCGGCGGCAGGGGCGGCCCCGGGCCAACAGGGGCCUCGGCACGGGGCCGACGGCUGCCACCCGCCGGCUCGGGCGGCGGCGCGGAGCCCGAGGAGGAAGACAGCGGGCAAGAUCUGCAGCUGGAAGGGGGUGCCUUGGGGUCCUGGGGAAGUGCCCCCCUGUCCUCCAGGGCCAGGGGACCAGCAUCGUCAGGCAGGAAAUACUCAGACCACUGUGAGGCCCGGGCCUCAAGGCCUGGAAAGAGCCGCAUCCCCGGCCGUGACCACCGGCGCUACUACCAUGACCACUGGAGGCUGGAGUACCUGAUGGAUUUCAACCCUGCCCGGCACGGCAUGGUGUGCAUGGUGUGCGGCAGCUCCCUGGCCACCCUCAAGCUCAGCACCAUCAAGCGGCAUAUCCGCCAAAAGCACCCCUACUCGCUGCACUGGAGUCCCCGAGAGAAGGAAGUCAUCAGCAACAGCUGGGAUGCCCACCUGGGGCUGGGGGCCUGUGGAGAGGCCGAUGGCCUUGGAGCCCAGGGGGCGGAGGAGGAGGAGGAGGAAGAGGAAGAGGAGGAAGAGGGGGCCAGCCUCCCAGCUUGUCAGCCCAAGGGCCCAGGCAAAGCCCCAGCUGGUGGGGGUGGCCGGCGCCAGCGGAGAGGGGGCCCAGUGGCACCCCGGGCUCGGCGUCGGGCCUCCCGGAGGGCCGGGGGCAGCAGGGGGCUAGGGGCCCGGCGCCUGGACCGGAGGCUGAAGGAGUCCCUGCAGAACUGGUUCCGGGCUGAGUGUCUCAUGGACUAUGACCCGCGGGGGAACCGGCUGGUGUGCAUGGCCUGUGGCCGGGCACUGCCCAGCCUGCACCUGGACGACAUCCGUGCCCACGUGCUGGAGGUGCACCCCAGCUCCCUGGGGCUCAGCGGCCCCCAGCGCAGCGCCCUGCUGCAGGCCUGGGGUGGUCAGUCCGAGGUGCUGCCUGAGUUGACCCAGCCCCCACCAGACGACAACCUCGUCCCCCAGGACCUGACCAGAAAGAGCCAGGACUCGGCCCCUGCUGCCAGAGCCCCCUCCUCUCGGGAUCUCAGCCCCCCAGACGUAAAGGAAGAGGCUGCCUGGGUCCCUGAGAGUCCCGGGCCCGCAGAGGAGGAGGAGGAGCAGGAAGAGGGCGAGAGGGCGGGGGUUCCGGGCCGGCAGCCGCGGGGCCGCGACCACCGCCGCCACUACCAGGAGCGCUGGCGGCUGGAGUACCUCAUGGAGUUCGACGGCGGCCGGCGCGGCCUGGUGUGCAUGGUGUGCGGCGGCGCGCUGGCGUCGCUCAAGAUGAGCACCAUCAAGCGGCACAUUCGGCAGCGCCACCCGGGCUCCACGCGCCUCAGCGGGCCGGUCAAAGCCCUCAUCGCGCAGGAGUGGAGCGAGAAGGCCGCCCACCUGCUGGCCCUGGGGCUGCCUUGCCCGGAGUCCCCCCGGAGCCCGGCCGCCCCCAGCACAGCCUCAGCCAACGAGCAGGGAGGGGCGGAGGAGGAGGAGGAGCAAGAGGAGGAGGAGUGGUGGGGCGACGUCCCGCUCUCCCCGGGGGAGCCGUCGGAGCGGCCCGCCGAGGAAGAAGAGGACGAAGAGGAUGGUGCGGAGCCCGGGGGGCUCGCCUUCCCGCCCCUGCCCCCGCCGCCGCCGCCCCCGCCCCCGCCGCCGCCGCCGCCUCCCCGCAGCCGAGAGCAGCGGCGGAACUACCAACCGCGCUGGCGGGGCGAGUACCUGAUGGACUACGACGGCAGCCGGCGCGGCCUGGUGUGCAUGGUGUGUGGCGGCGCGCUGGCCACGCUCAAGGUGAGCACCAUCAAGCGGCACAUCCUGCAGGUGCACCCCUUCUCCAUGGACUUCACGCCCGAGGAGCGUCAGACCAUCCUGGAGGCCUACGAAGAGGCGGCGCUACGCUGCUACGGCCACGAAGGCUUCGGGCCGCCAGCCCCCGCGCCGCGCGACAGCAGCGCGGACCUCAAGCCGGGCGCCGUGUGCCGGGCGUAGCGGACUCGGUGGGCCCGGACGGGGCGGCCCCGCUCUGUGCUCUGCCAGUCCUCGGGCAAGGAGACCCUCGGCGCCCGCUGGCCGGGCCGGGCGGAAAGCGCAGGCAGCCUGGAGGUUGGGUGGGGUCGCCGGCCCUGAGCUAGUCUGCUGCGCCGCCAGGAGCGCACGGCCCUCUCCGGGCCGAGGUCCUGGGCCUCCCUGGGCAGCGCCCCCACGUUUCUGAGAAGCCAAAUUGGCCCGCAAGUGUUAGCACCGGCCACUGCCAGCCCCACCCGCGUUCGGCCGCACCCGCAGGACGAGCCCCAGCCCUCUGCCGGGGCGGGGCCGCCGUCAGUCAGUAUUAGGACCGGGCGGGGGAGCGGGGCGGUGCGAGAAGGCCGCGGCGCCCGUUCCCUGGCCGGGCCAAGAUCCUGCAGCAUUGCCCGCAGGCUGGGCUGCCCUAUCCUGGUAGGUGACUCGGCAGCGGGGAGGCCGGGACUGCAGGGCGGGGCGAGGCGGGCGCGGUCCUGGGCGCUGAGGACGACGUGCCCGGGGUUCCCACUCGCCUCCCGAGGCGCCGCUACGCCCCUCGCUCCUCUGCUCCGAUGGCGGCCUUUACCCCCAAGCUCAGAGUCGGGCGUCGUGGGCAGUCCGAGCCCGGGGCACUGGCGGUCCCGGCAGUUAGCGUUAUAUUCCCGCCCCUUCCCUGUCCCUAUUGUCCGCGGUGGACGCGCCACCCGUUCUCAGCCCCCAGGGCCUGGGGCCGGGCUCGGCCUUCCUUUCACCCCCGCGGCGGCGUCAGCCCCGUGGGAGCGCGGGAGGGGCCCCAGCAAUCUCCCAGGCAGGUCCGAAAGGGAUGUGUAGUUUCCUUCUCCUGUGGAGAACAGGUGCCCCCGAUAUCAGGCCCUUUUUGCUCUUUGUAUUUUAUUUUGAAACUGUAUUUAAUGCUUUUAUAUGAAAGGGGUGGGGGCGGGGAGAGCUGUCCCAAUCACCCUUACGUGCAAAUGUCUUAUUUAUUAUGCGUGUAUCAGAGAUAAGCUGUGAGAUGGCAGAGGAAGGACUGGAAGGAAGGAGCAAGGACAGAGGUGGGGUGGGGGGAUGGAAUGCCCCUAAAACCCCCUACCAAUGUGUGACUCUCCAGCCUACUCUGGGCCGCAAUGCUUGUUCUUCACUAGGCGGGGCCACUGCAGGGCCGGUUCCCUUGGUCUAAAGCCAUUGGGGUUAGUCAGCAGGUAGGACAUGAGGGCUGGGUCUGGAGGGUGAGAAGCCAUGGCACCUGGGGCCAGGGGCUGUAUCUGUUGGAGGGAAAGUAGAGGGCAAAGAGAGGAAGCCCUCAUCUCCACUCCUAGGGCAGAGCUUGAGGCCCACUCGCCUUGACUCUUCAAGAUUGGGAGUUGAAUUUUAUACCACGGAUUUUCUAUCAUUUUUAUAUACAUAAUUAAAGAUUGUCAGAGUUGGAAGGGGCCCUGACAAUCAGCUACUACCCUGCUCGCUCAGAUAGGUAAAAUGCAGCUCAGAGAGGGAUCUUGUACAAGAAUUAGAAUAAAAAUAUCAACUCCCAAUUCAGUGUUCUUUGCAUUAUGCCACAGUCUCCUGUUCUCUGUUGAGUUUUGAGAACUUCUUACCGUUAGGCCAAAGGAUAACACGUACUGGGUGCUGCAGGCCAAUACCGUGCAGUCAUGACCUGGGAAUGGCAAAGAGCUGCCUCAAUUCCUGGAGUGAGUUUGCUGAGCUCUGCAGGGAGUUCUUAGCACCAUAGGCCUCAGCUGAAAGGUGCAGGCAGCCAUCUCCAUUAGCGCUCCAUAGGUAGGGCUACCAGCCACCUGGUCCUGGCCUCCACAGCAGGGCAAGGGUUCUGGCAAUUGUGUUGAUGCUACCAGGGAUUCAGGGAGAUACAGGAUGGGCUGUGGGUUGACUAAAGGAAUUCCGUGUUUGGACCUUCAGGGUUUUUGAGACAGUAUUAAAAGCUUGUGAACAGGGAUUAUGGGUGGCACCAGCCUGGGCACUGCCAUUCUUUUACUUUCCUUCAUGCACGUUGUUCUCAGUUCCACAAUGAGUAUUCUACCACUCCUGCUACUCUGCCAGGUCAAAAACAGCAGGCAAAUUGGAGUAGCCUCGUAUAAUCACCCAAGCCCACUGCUUAAGUUCAGGUUAGACAGGGCAGAAACCGCAUUAGGACGGUUCCGUUUUUCCCAGGAGGCAGGGAGAGGCCUUAGGGGGACAGGAGUGGAUGCCUUCACAGAGACAGCCCCAAGCACUCCCGUGGUUCUCAGACCAAGAGCAUCACCUGAGAAACCUGUUAGAAGAACGAGUUUUGGGGCCCUACCCCCUGAACCAGAAACACAUGGGGCCCAGCAAUGUUUUGAUAAGCCCUUCAAUGAUUGACACAUUCUGAGCACCAGUGAGCUAGGGAGUGCCACUGUCGUGACUCCUACUUUGACCAAGUUAUGGCCUCAUGGGUUCAGGGUUGGGGGCUGGGUGAUCCUCAUCUCUAGGUGUGCCUCCGUGCCUCGGUAGCCAGACAGGAGCAGGUGGUUUCUUCCUGGAGAUUGUUUUUAAUGGUAUGCUUGCUAUUAUGGCCAAUAUGUAAAUGUUAUUCUGAAUACAUAUUUAUAUACCAUGUUACUUAGUGACAUUAUUUGAACAUUUGUAUGCGUAUUUGUGAAGUUGUUUGCAUCAAUCAUUUUUUAAAAAUUUCAGCCUAAGUUUUCUAAGAGGUAUGUUGAAUAAAUUUUUAAAACUCAGCUGAAGGGUCACAGCAGCCUUAGUUUUAGGGAAGAGCAAAUCAGAGGUGACACGUUCUUCCAGCAAAGGCCUGAUACAUUUAGUUCCGUUUUCCAUGGUGACUGGUGCCCACUUUAGGUGCAGUGCAGCUGUGUGUGACUGACAGGCUGCUCCACGCUGCAGGCAGGGAGCCCACCUGGGAUGGUGCAAGGCUGCGCUGGGACAACAGACCCCUCUGGCCCCACCAAUUCACCAUCUUCUUCUCCUAAGUUUACCUCUUAGAGGGGCUCUUGUAUCUUUCUGAAACCAAACGCACAGCCUUGCUUUGCUAUGGAAAUCCCGCAGUCUCGGAAAUCCUUACCACUAUCAACUGUCAGUUGCUUUUUAAAGCCUCAAAAGUGGAGUGGGGGUGGGGGGAGUGGAAGCCUUGUUGGGUUUCAUACACCCGAGUUGUGUAUAAAGAAUAAAGUUAGCAGAAGGACACCACUGUCAUUGUGUUUUUUUUAUUUUUUAUUAAUACCACAUCAAUUUGCAGUUUUACAGGAACCAAGAUCAAGCUCCUUGGGUGCUACGGGAUUUUUAUGUUGCACACACAUACACUCACACACAGUUUCAUUAGUAAUUUUUCAUCUAUAGGCUUUUCUUAAAAAAAAAAGAAAAAAUAACAAAAAUUCCUGCGUGGCACAAUA